UCUUGGAACAAUUACAUCCUUGAUAGUAAUACCUGGCCCCACCCAGUAACUUAAGUACACAGAAAAACUUGGAUCUUAAGAAGAUGCCUUUCCCAAUUACUCUCUUCUCUAAGAAUCCACAAAGAGAAACAGACUUUGAACCCAAUGUACAUUAUUUACUUGACCCUACUGUCAUAAAGUGUUCAAAUUCAAGUAUUAUAAAGAUGGUAACAGGAAAAGGAUUCAGGGUUCCCAGAUGGAGGAACGAUUGGCCAAGGAAGUCAGCUUUCAGAGCUCAGUGGGUAAGCGGUAAGACUUUGUCUUGUAUAGAAAGUAAAGAGUCAUGAAAAUUAAAAACAAAUCAAGUGAGAGAAAUUCCUUUUGAAAAGUUGUUGUCUUAAUGGGGUGGAAGAGAAAGGGAGAUAGCAAUCAUCCUCCUUAAUAGGGUAGGGUGAGGUCUGCUAAGAAGCCCACACUCCCACUGUUUACUAAGCAUCUACAGUGGAUAGUGCUUGAGAAAACUCUAUUAAUGACCAAAUUCUGAAAUCAUCACUGUUAACAGUGCUGUAUUGGAAAUCUUACUGACAAAAUUUUUAAAUUAUAAAAGAAUCAAUAUUAUUUCUAAUAGCAUCUUACUGAAAGAUUGAUGAAGACAUGCCAGCCAGAAAGAGUGAGCCUGGCAGGAAUGAAACUUGCUCCUGGCAGGACAGGCCUGGCAUGGGGAGGAGCAGAGCCAGCCCCCAAAAGUCAUAGAUCAGACUUAAAUUCAUUAAACAUGGCAUGGAAGACCAGCAGCCUAAUGCAAAUGUACAGAUUUCUUCUCUUAGUGAUUUUAUUUCUGCCACAUGAGAUGACAAGUUCUGUUUUAACUGUGAAUGGUAAAACUGAAAACUAUAUUCUGGACACUGAGCCUGGCCUCGAAGAAUCUCUGAACUGUGCUGUUCAAAACCAUACCAGAGAAGAAGAACUUCUCUGGUACCGCGAAGAUGGGAGAGUGGAUUUGAAAUCUGCAAACAAGAUCAACUCAAGCUCUGUCUGUGUCACUUCCAUCAGUGAAAAUGACAACGGCAUCACCUUUACCUGCAAGCUGAGGAGGAAUCAGUCGACAUCCAUCUCAGUGGUGCUGAAUGUCAUUUUUCCUCCUCUCCUAAGUGGAAACGACUUCCAAACAGCUGAGGAAGGCAGUGAUGUGAAGUUGGUUUGCAAUGUGAAAUCCAACCCCCAGCCUCAAAUGAUGUGGUACAAAAACAGUGGCUUCUUGAAUUUAGAGAAAAACCAUCACCAAAUCCAACAGACAAGUGAGUAUCUUCAACUGUCAAUCACCAAAGUCAAGAAAUCUGACAAUGGAACCUACAGCUGUAUUGCAAAUUCACUUAUAGAAACGAAGACCAAGGACUUUCACCUUAUUGUCAAAGAUAAAGCUUCAUCUGUACCAAUAGAACCCAUUAUUGCUGCAUGUAUUGUGGUCUUUCUGACCUUGUUAUUUGGACUGAUUGCCAGAAGAAAAAGAAUGAUGAAGGUAUCUAAGUAUUCUAAGCUAAAAAGUCAUCUAAACAAAAGCAGAGAACUGGCUAUAUAA